AUGAAUGUUUUUAGAUUAGCUGGUGAUUUAUGUCAUUUAUUUGCUAUUAUAAUUUUACUAUUCAAAAUAUGGAAAACAAAAUCAGUUUCUGGACUUUCAGGUAAAUCGUUAGUACUUUUUGCAUUGGUUUUCACAACAAGAUACUUGGAUCUUUUCACAACAUACAUUUCAUUGUAUAAUACAAUAAUGAAGAUUUUCUUUAUAAUUAGUUCUUAUGCCACUGUUGUGUUCUUUUAUCAUAUGUUUAAACAUACAGCAAACUCGGAACAAGACAAUUUCCGUGUUGAAAUUUUAAUUAUUCCAGCUGCAAUUUUAGCAUGUGUUAUUAAUGCUCAAUUUACACCAUUAGAGGUUCUCUGGACAUUCUCCAUUUAUCUUGAAGCUGUAGCUAUUUUACCACAAAUGUUUAUGUUACAACAGAGAGGAGAAGCUGAAACUAUCACAGCUCAUUAUCUAUUUUGCCUUGGUUUAUACAGAGGUCUUUAUAUUUUAAAUUGGGUCUACAGAUAUCAAACAGAACAAUUUUAUGAUCCAAUAGCUAUUGUUGCUGGUGUUGUUCAAACGGUCUUGUAUGCUGAUUUCUUUUAUAUUUACUUUAACAAAGUUAUAAAGGAAAAAGCUAAAAUGGCUUUACCAAUUUAA